AUUGGAUAAAAAAUUUAGAUAUUCAUACUCUAUCCAUUGAAUUUCAGGUAUUUAUUCGAGUAAUCACUAUUUAAAUGCUAUUUAUUAUUCAACAUAAAAUAAAAGAGUAAUAUAUAUUUGAGAUAUGUAUACAUAUAUAUUAAAUGGCGAUAUUAUAAAUCUUAUACAUGUGUUUGUGUGUUAUGUUAAUGGUGGGCUAUAUUUAUGUUGAGUUGAGUUUGGAUCACAUUUGUGAAUAUUCUUAUUCAUAUUUUAUUCAUUACCUAUUGGGUAAGGCAACUAUAAAAAAUUCCAUCCAUUCAGGGUCAUUUCCACCAGGUUCGUGUUAAAUUGUCACCCCUACAUGUACAUGGUGAAUGCACAUCAAAUGUCCAAUGACUCACUACAUAGUGUAACCCACCUCAAAUAACAUUUUUUUUAAUAAAGGAACUCAAAUAAUGUGUUACUCAAUAAACAAAUGUUUUGUUGAUUAUAAUUCAUUAACCUCUCUAAGUUCUAGAAUAAUAUAUAGAAUCUUAAAUAUUUUACCUAAGCUUAGAAGAAGUAGUAGAAGUGUCUGUUUUCAGGUUAACAAUGGCAUGAUGCAUUCUAGACAGAGUCAACAAUCUCUCUUUACAAUGGAAAGGAUAAAGCUGUAAUUCCAUAAAUGGUUUCCUGAUGCCUUCAUUGGUGUGAAUAUUGGCACAGCAGUCUCUGACAUGCCAAGUCCAACUCAGGUGGUAGCCCUUCUUAAGGCUCAAAACAUUCGACAUGUCAGGCUUUAUGAUGCAGACCGAGCCAUGCUCCGUGCACUUGCCAACACAGGCAUCCGUGUAACUGUUUCAGUUCCCAAUGAGCAGCUUCUUGGCAUUGGUCAAUCGAAUGCCACUGCAGCCAACUGGGUUGCUCGCAAUGUAAUAGCCCAUGUCCCUGCCACCAACAUCACAGCCAUUGCAGUUGGAUCUGAAAUCCUUACUACGCUCCCAAAUGCUGCCCCUGUCCUGGUCUCUGCCUUGAAGUUUAUCCAUUCUGCCCUUGUUGCCUCCAAUCUUGAUGGCCAAAUUAAAGUCUCUACCCCUCAGUCUUCUUCUAUCAUCCUUGACUCUUUCCCUCCUUCCCAAGCCUUCUUUAAUCGCUCUUGGGAUCCAGUCAUGGUUCCCUUGCUUAAAUUUUUGCAGUCCACUGGGUCAUACUUUAUGCUAAAUGUAUAUCCAUACUACGAUUACAUGCAAUCAAAUGGUGUGAUCCCGUUGGACUAUGCGCUUUUCCGUCCCCUCCCUCCUAACAAGGAAGCUGUGGAUGCUAAUACACUCCUUCAUUACACUAACGUCUUUGAUGCCAUUGUUGAUGCAGCAUAUUUUUCAAUGUCCUAUCUGAACUUCACCAAAAUCCCUAUUUUUGUGACUGAGUCUGGCUGGCCAUCCAAAGGUGACUCAUCUGAGCCAGAUGCUACACUUGACAAUGCUAACACUUACAACAGCAACUUGAUUAGGCAUGUGCUUAAUAACACAGGCACUCCCAAACAUCCUAGGAUUGUGGUUAGUACAUAUAUUUAUGAGCUCUAUAAUGAGGAUCUGAGACCCGGGCCAGUCUCUGAAAAGAACUGGGGGCUUUUUGAUGCCAGCGGCAUGCCAGUUUAUACCUUACACUUGACUGGUGCUGGUACUUUACUUGCAAAUGACACCACAAACCAAACCUUUUGUGUUGCAAAGGAAGGUGCUGACCCAAAGAUGCUACAGGCAGCUCUUGAUUGGGCUUGUGGACCUGGGAAAGUUGAUUGCUCGUUCUUGUUACAAGGGCAGCCAUGCUAUGAGCCAGAUAAUGUUGUUGCUCAUUCAACAUAUGCUUUCAAUGCUUAUUUCCAGAAAAUGGCCAAGUCUCCUGGCACUUGUGAUUUUAAAGGGGCAGCCACCAUCACCACCAGUGACCCAAGUCAUGAUUCCUGUAUAUUUCCUGGAAGUGCUGGAAGAAAUGGCACCUUCCCAAAUACAACUUCUCUGGCGCCGUCUUCAAAUUCAUCGACAUCUGGUUGCCAUUCCAUAUAUUUCUAUGGUGCUGGUUCUGUCACAACCUCUGUGAUUAUAGGUGUUUUACUAAUGAGCGUGGUUUGCUUGUAAAACUUUGUGCAUUUGUAUCAGUUGUAACCCUUGGAUAGCAAUGGAAUCAUUCAAAACAUUUGUUUUUUUAUGCCA